GCCUGCUGUGUCAGUCCUGGCCGAAGACAGGCCUCCACGCGGAGGGGAUGAAGUAGGGCACCUGCCGGGAACGCUGCGGCGCCCGCUAACGCCGGGAGUUCGGGACUGCCCCCUCCAGGACGCCUUCCGAGAUGUCCCCACGACUGUCGGGCCCAAAACGGGGACUCGCAUGGCCAGCGACAUUUACCUAGAUUGCGGCUGCAUUGUCUCCAUCACCACCUCCAGUCUACAGAUCUCCUGACCGUGGAGCAAAGACACCCCUUGCAACCCAUGUGCAUCAUCUUCUUUAAGUUUGAUCCUCGUCCUGUUUCCAAAAAUGCAUACAGGCUCAUCCUGGCAGCCAACAGAGAUGAAUUCUAUCACAGACCAUCCAAGUUAGCAGAUUUCUGGGGGAACAACAAUGAGAUCCUCAGUGGGCUCGACAUGGAAGAAGGCAAGGAAGGAGGCACAUGGCUGGGCAUCAGCACACGUGGGAAGCUUGGGGCGCUCACUAACUACCUACAGCCCCAGCAGGACAAGGAUGCCCGUGGCAGAGGUGAACUUGUAACCCACUUUCUGACCACUGACAUGGACAGCUUGUCCUACCUGAAGAAGGUCUCCGCGGAGGGUCAUCUGUACAACGGCUUUAACCUCAUAGCAGCUGACCUGAGCACAGCAAAAGGAGACGUUGUUUGCUACUAUGGAAAUCGAGGGGAGUCUGAGCCCGCCAUCCUGACACCAGGGACUUAUGGUCUAAGCAAUGCACUGCUGGAGACACCCUGGAGGAAGCUGUGCUUUGGCAAGCGGCUCUUCAUGGAGGCAGUGGAACGGAGCCAGGCACUCUCCAAGGAUGCCCUUGUUGCCCAGCUUCUGGAUGUGCUCAACAAUGAAGAGGCGCAGCUACCAGACCCAGCCAUUGAGGACCAGGGCAGAGAGUACAUACAGCCAAUAUUGAGCAAGUAUGCGGCUGUUUGUGUGCGCUGCACCAACUAUGGCACCAGAACCAACACCAUCAUUCUCGUGGAUGCAGAUGGCCAUGUAACCUUCAUGGAACGCAGCAUGCUGGACAAGGACCCCUCCCGCUGGGAGACCAACACCUACGAGUUCACACUACAGAACUAACUUCAAUGAUAGGCAUGACCAACAGGUUCCUAGUAGGCUAUGCCCAAGGGCCAGUAUGGACAAGAGUCUUCCAUGGCCAAAUUCACUGCCUAUGAGUUGGAUAGAGUUCCCAGGACCAGAAUCUUAGAUCUGUAUUAUUACCCCUCCUUGUUACCAUGCCCAGCUGAGAGUUUGUCUUUAUGCCAGUUGGGAGUGAAGGAGUCUGGCACUAGGUCUGGGUCAGGGCUGGCUGUGUGAGUUCACAUGUGUGAAUGCCCCUGGGCCUGCCCUGCCCAUGUGCACAUAGGUGACAUGUGCACACACAUGUGGCUUGGUAUUCAUGUGCACAAAGUCACACACUUGCACACAUGCUUGAUCACAUGCACAUACACGUGUCCAGCAAUCAGGGAAGCAGCUUUUGUCCCUCACAAUUCUAGCUAGAAGGUCUUUUUUCUGGUCACAUAACAGGAACAGGCUUCUGUUGAAACAGGCCUUUUCUGUCCUCAACAUACAGAGGCAUAACUGUGUCUAAGCUCCCCAUAGCCAGACCUGUUUGUUGCAGAAAAGUUGAUCAUCAUGUUUGACACAAGGCAGGACUAUGAAAAGCCACUUUUAAAACAGAAGCAGAGGGCCUGGUGUGGUGGCACACGCCUUUAAUCCCACCACUCGGGAGGUAGAGGUAGGAGGGGUGCCAUAAGUUCGAGGCCAUCCUGAGACUACAUAGUGAAUUCCAGGUCAGCCUGGACUAGAGU